AAACAUCUAAAAAUCAUAAAAAAAUAUCUGAACCCAAACCUCCAGGAUCUUCAGAGAAAGCUGAAUUAAAGAAUGAAAAUAUAACACCUCAGAAGCUUCCUAAUGAACUUUCAAAGAAGUCCAAUGGGAGUGAAGAUAAAUGUUUAAUCAACAAUAAAACAUUUGAAGUUUCUUCUUCAAAUAAACUAGCACCUGAAUCUGAAAAAAGUGCAAGCAAAAAUGGUUUGAACAGCUUAAAUGUCUCUUUGGCCACAAUGAGCAAAGUCGAUAUAGUUAUUGUUCCACUGGAAAAGAGAAACUCUACAGCCAAACAGUUAGCAGAAGAUAAAGAAUCUGGAAAUGUACAUAUUCCCAAUGAAACAGAGUCUGAAAGAGCAAGAAAUGGUCCAGAAUUUAAGGAAGAAAGUUUACUGAAAAUGACAAAGCCUUGCCAGAAAACUGGAAAUGUAGAUACUAAGGAGACAGACUAUGGUGAUGAUACUACAAAAGUUCUGCAACCUACUUCAGAGAUUCCAUGUGCAAGCAAUAAAAAUGAAGCCUCCUGUGGAAACUCAGGAGAAGCUAAAGAUAUCAUUCCACCCAUAAGCACUCCUUGUUUUCGGCCUCAAGGAUCGAUUCAUGAGCCUUCCUUGUCACGACAGCGACGACAGAAGAAGCAGGAGCAAUCUGAGAUCUGCUUGGACAAGAUUGCAGCAUUUGGUCCUCGACAACUGUCCUCUUUUCCUGAUGUGAAUGUAAAGACAAAAGAAGUUAACACAGACCAGCAGCAUGCUGCAAAAGUUCUGAAAAAGUCAAAAAGCAUUGAAGUAGAAAAUUCCAAGCAUCGGCCAUUAUCAGCUCGAGAAAGGAGGAGAUUAAAGCAAUCCCAAGAAGACAUGCUUCCUUCUGGGCCUUCUGUAAGACGAGCAUCUUAUAAUGCACCAGCAGAAACAAAACUUGCAAGGGAAGACAGUUGUAUUCAGAUUGCUCAGUUUAUCUCAGAACCCAGCACUGAUAAGCAGAAAAGCUUAACUUGUUGCUGUACUGAAGAUGAACUGAGCUCUUCUACAAGCUCCACAGAAAAAUCAGAUGGAGACUAUAAAGAAAGAAAAAGUAAUGAGAUGAAUGACUUGGUACAGCUGAUGACGCAAACGCUAAAAAUGGAUAAUAUUGAAAAUUAUUCACAAUUUGCAAUGCCAGGACCUGAAUCACAAUUCAGGCUAAAUAGGAAAUACAGGGACACCUUGAUCUUACACAGGAAAGCAGCUGAAGAACCAGAUGAAUUUCAGUUUCAAGAGCUUCCUUCAGAUGUACUGUCUGGACCUCAGAAUAUUAGGAGAUUGGUUGAGAUUUUAAGAGCAGAUGUAGUUCAAGGAAUUGGAAUAAAGCUGCUAGAAAAGGUGUACGAUGUCAUGGAGGAAGAUGAUGAACAGAAAAGAGAGCUAUGUUUGCGAAAGCUCAUGGGAGAAAAGUACACAACUUAUAGCAUGAAGGCCCGUCAUUUAAAGUUCUUAGAAGAAAAUGUGAAGCUUUGACAAAUACCUCAGUUGAGCUGUUCCUUCCUAGAAGAAAGACACUCAGUUUGUAACUGGAUUGAUUUUUAAAAUUUUCUUAAGAUACAGUGACGUAGAAGAUAAACCUUUUCCUGUACUGUUUCUUGUUACCUAUUAUAGAAUGUAUUUAGCUUAUAAACAGCAAUACAUGUGUAAAGGUAAGUUUGGGUAAGUGGGAUUUUUAAAUACAAGCUACAAGCAACACUUUCUAAUAAUUCUGUCUUUUUUUAACAUCUUAAAUUAUUUUUUGUUUCAAUGUCAACAAUCAUUUUAAAAUUGCAAUCUUGCAUACAGUCAAAUCGAUAAUGCUACUGUGCUGGGAUUUGCUAUUUGUUAGAAUAUCUCUGAUUUCAGCCCAAGAAUAGAAUUUUCACUAAAAAAAAGUAGAAUAAUUGGAUACACUAACAAAUUGUAUUCAGAAAAAGGAUAUAGAUAUGUUGCACUGCUAUAUAUAUAGAUAUGAAUAUAGAUACAGAAAAAGAAUAUAGGUAUGUGUCAACAUAUCUCAGAACCAGUAUUGUGCAUGUCGAUGUUAGAUACAUAGAUUAGUACAUCAUUAUUUUAAAAAAAAGUUUAAAAUCCUGUAAGGCUUCUUAUGUACUCUUCUAACAAAUACACACACACACUUUAUAUAUGAGACACACCCUUUGCAGCUGUUAACUGCUUUUGGAGUAACAGGACUGGGAAAAGCAACAUAAAUUGAGUGCUUAGACUAUAUAGCUUGAAACAUAACUCUUAUUAUUUUAAAUAAAUUUUGGGUUGUUUAAUUAGAUCAUUCAGAUUUUAAGCUUCAUAGAAAUCAAGUAGAAUGAAUUGUUGCAGGCUUUGAAGUGAUAGAAGAAAUAUUAGAAGUUCCUUCUACUAAAUGUUUUCUUGCUUGAUUUUUAGUUUUAUGAGACCAAAAUGGCAAAAUCUCUGUCAUAGAUAUUUAUUUAUAUUGCACUGAAAAGCUAAGCAUAGAACAAAAAUAACAGAAUAUCAGUAAAAUUUGAAUAUACAAACACAGUCAAGACAUUCAAACCUAAUAUCAGCCCUAGGCAACUCAAACUCUUAAUGGAAACUAGGCCCUAUAAAACCUACUAACAAUAUAUAACUAAUCAAAUCAAGUAACAUUAAAUACUACACAAAAUAAAAUGAUCACUGAGGCCAGUCCAAAAGCCACAAGUCCCAAUCAGAGAAGCACCAUUAUUUCACCAAAUGAAAAGAGUUUUAAGGCCAUAUUUAAAGACUAAAAAAUAAUUCAUUACCUGACAAAUAAGAGGGUGCUAAUUCCAAUAUGUGGGACUAGGUCCUGAAAGGCCCUCAACUUUCCUGUUGGUGUAGUGGGAAUAGCCAAGGAAUCUGAAUGAGUAGAUGUAACAGUGAAGAUAGGUAGGAAGCAGAACCACACUACAGUGCCCAAAAGGCCAAAAUUAAUAUUUCAUAGUGAUACCUAGUCCUAAUUGGUAGCCAGUGCAGGGCUCUGAGAAGACAAGAGAAAAUUCAAAGGAAACUGGACUGCAGUAUUUUGAACCUGAGUCAACAGAGCAAGAGUAGAAAAGGAGAGGCCUGCUAGGAAGCUACUGCAGUAUCUAAAAUUCCUUCCUUCCUUCCUUCCUUCCUUCCUUCCUUCCUUCCUCCCUCCCUCGCCACUUUGAAUGGAUUGGAUCCAGGAGUUUAUUCUAUUGGUCACAGCAUCUACUGAGCAGAAUUUCUCAGGAUACUCAUGUUGAUGAAAAGGAGCAUAGAUGCCAUUUCAGUGCCGUCACCACAUCCCCAAUAAUCCAGAAAAUCUAAUGGUACAGAGCAGAUUUCCAGAAGACUACAGGAAAAAAGGGUGAAAAUUCUGCCAUUGUCCAUUCUGCCAAUGGCAUCAUGCUGCCAGAUCAGAAGUUUCUCCAAGGGGAAGGAGCUGUUGCGUCCCCAAAAGAUAGUUGUUAUACAAACACAGCCAUUAUCUCAUUAAACUUUUCUCCAAAGCCUGGAAAACAGGGAGUUAUUAUCUUUGUUCUUCAUAUUUUUUAAGGCAUGCAGUAAUACAAUUUAAAAGCAACAAAUGCUUUGCCAGUUCACAGAAUACCAGCAUUUAUCAUGGAGUAAAUGAUUAUGGGUUACAGUUCAGAUGCAGUAAAAGUAUGUAUGAAUAAUGGGGGGUAGGGAAAGCAGAAGAGUGCUGUCAGAACGAAAUUAAAUACAAAAGUCAUAAACAUGACACAAAAGCAAAAUGGUUACAGCAUCAAACAUUGAAAACAAUCAUUCUGGCCUGAUAAAAUUAAUCUACACAUGCACUAGUAAUCUUGGUCCAAGCCAUAGGUGACAAAAUUGAAUUGCUAUGUCAAAUGUAAUUUGGCGGCUUCAUGCUGGAGUUUCUUUUGAAGUUCAUUCAUUCAAGGAAGGUCACUGUAAAUAAGGUCAAUUAGUUUGAGAAGUUGAAAGUUUUGCCACUGUAUUUUUAGAUACUACUGUGAUUUCUGAUGCUGUGAUUUGUGUCCAUUUAUUCUCACUGAUCACAAUUGAUAAUUGCCACGUGUGUUCAUGAGUCUGUAAUCUGGAACUCUGGAUCAUCCAUGAUGCAUCUGUUAAAGUGAACUGUAAUCCAUGAAAUCUCAUCCCUUAAUAAAUGCUAAUCGUUAAA